CACAAUGCAGAGGUUUGUACAAAUCAGCCCUCGUUCAGAAAUGAAGACAUUACUGAAGAUCGGCAGGUAGACAUCCAAGAUACAUUCCAGACAUUUUCAUCAGCACUGGACAGCAAAUUCACCACAGCUGUCUACUCCUGCCACUCCUCCAAACCUGCUUCCCUACACACUUCACUGCCAAAGUCUUCAGCAUGUAUCAGAUCGUCCCGGUGGCUCCUGGGGAGCAGCAGACGGCUGGGGGAGCUGGUGGUUCUCCACUAAAGAAGAAGCUGGCUCAUGAAGGCCGGCCUCUGGUGAUGGCAGCCGUGUUGGGCUGUGUGUUGGUGCUGGCUUCUGUGGUUGCCUGGUGCUACUACUCUGCGUCCCUCCGUAAAGCCCAGCUGCUGAAGGCUGAGCUGCUGGACCUCAACAAGGAUGGUUUUAUCAUUCAUAACCAGGCGGGAGCUGUCAUCUUCAGUAUGACCUUCAGGUCUGGCACUCUGGAUCUGGACUCCUGCUCUAAGGAGGGAAAUAUUCUGAGCUGCUCUCGGUCAGAUUCUGGCAAGCUUAACUUCUUUAUCCAGACGGUUCGACUCAAGGACACAGUAAUGUGUUACAGAGUUCGUUGGGAGGAGCUGCAGAACAAGUAUCUGGUCGAGCACGCCAUGGCAUAUAAUGACUCUCAUUGGUACGGAGGGGCGGAGACAGCAACACAGUACUGGCCAGUCAAGAUCCAGGGUGAGGAGGAGCCGCAGCCCUUCAUCACCAGUGAUAUCUACUCCAAUCGGAAUGCUUUUGGGGGAAUCCUAGAACGCUAUUGGCUGUCUUCGAAUGCAACUGCCAUCAAGAUUAAUGACUCAGUACCAUUUCAUUUGGGCUGGUCAGAGAAGGACAGGACACUUAGGUUUCAGGCCCGAUACCAGGACUCUCCUUUCAGACCACCAGAGGGUCAGCCGGCUUUACCUGAGCUCAGCUAUAGAGUGUGCGUGGGGUCGGAUGUUACCUCUAUUCAUAAAUACAUGGUCCGUCGGUAUUUCCCAAAGCCUGUCAAGGUCCCGUCUCCUGAAGUGUUUAAACAACCACUGUGGUCCACAUGGGCUCUCCACAAGACGGCUGUAACUCAGGAAAAGCUGCUGCGCUACGCCUCUGACAUCACCAAGCAUGGCUUCACAUGCUCCCAUCUGGAGCUGGACGACCGCUACACUGCAGACUAUGGAGAGUUUGACUUUGACCCGCAGAAGUUCCCCAAUGCCAGCGGUAUGUUUGACAGACUCAGAGAGGAGGGCUUUCAAGUCUCACUCUGGACACAUCCUUUUAUCAACUAUGACUCCAUUAAUUUCGGUGUCGCUGUGGAGAAAGGAUUGUUUGUCCGGGAGCCGAGCGGUGAGCUGCCUGCUCUCGUUCGCUGGUGGAACGGCAUUGGAGGUAUCUUAGACUUUACCAACCCAGAAGCCCGUGAGUGGUAUUCUUCACAUUUGCAUAUGCUCAAACAGCGCUAUAACGUGACGUCCUUCAAGUUUGAUGCAGGAGAGACAAGCUACCUCCCACGCCAGUUUAGCACCCUGGUCCCAUUGUCCGACCCCUCCACCUUCACCCGCCGCUACACAGAGAUGGCCAUACCGUUCAGUGAGCGUGCAGAGCUGAGGGUGGGCUACCAGAGUCAGAACAUCUCCUGCUUCUUUAGGAUCAUAGACAGAGACUCUGUGUGGGGUUAUGAGCUCGGCCUAAAGUCCAUCAUCCCGACUGUCCUGACCAUUAGCAUUCUGGGAUACCAGUUUGUCUUACCUGAUAUGAUAGGAGGGAAUGCAUACCCUAACCGCACCACAGAUGGCAAAAACGGUCUGCCGGACAGAGAGCUGUACAUCCGAUGGUUGGAGCUGUCUGCUUUCAUGCCUGCCAUGCAGUUCUCCAUACCCCCAUGGGCCUAUGACAAUGAGGUGGUACAGAUAGCGCAGAAGUUCACAGAGCUCCACGAGAAUCUGGUGGCCCCUAGGGUUCUCGAACUGGCAGGCGAGGUUCUUGAUACAGGGGACCCAAUCAUAAGGCCCCUCUGGUGGAUCGCCAAUGACGACGAGGCAGCCUAUAAGAUUGACUCUCAGUUCCUGAUAGGGGAUGACCUGAUGGUGGCUCCGGUGUUACAGCCAGGAAAGCAGGAGAGGGACAUCUACCUGCCUGCAGGACGAUGGAAAAGCUACAAGGGGGAACAUUUUGAUAAAGGCCCCAUGUACCUCACUGACUACCCUGUGGACCUGGACGAGAUAGCCUACUUUACAUGGGUUCAUUGAAAACACUGAAGAAUUAAAGACAAAAACUCUCUCUCACACACACACACACACACACACACACACACACACACACACACACACACACACACACACACACACACACACACACACACACACACACACACACAUACUAUUUGCACACGCACAUUCUUGUGAGCACACCAAGAAAUAGCAGAUGUUUGUUUUUUUUAAAGGGAAAUGACCACUAGGGAACUGCUGCCACAGCAGAAUGUGAUUGUGUUAAUGAUUAACCUCGUGUUUCCUCUGACCUGCUCUUUAUCUGGACAUCUGCCUACAGAUUAUAACCGUCCAUCCAGAAAAUGAGAAUGAAACUUAUGUUCACUUCUGAUUGUAUUGUUCCAUCCUUAAGCUGAUCCUCAUCCUCAUGUGCCUUCCACAGUCAAUAAGUAAAACCGAUCUCAGAUUGUCUCAUCACUGCGGUCUUCCACCUAAUGGGCAUCUAGAUUUCUAGUCCCACAGCUCAAAUGGUUUCGGUUUUUGGGUGAGAAUUAUCCUUAUUUCCUUCAGUGUGAAUUUUAUUCAAGGUUAUAAACUGAAUAACUGCAUGAUAAAGUAACAGAUAUGUGUCUUUAUCGUGGUUUGACAGGGUUCAGCGCUGGCAAUAAAUGAGCACUUUGAGUUGGACAGAUGCACUCCUACUCAGUGGACAUGCCUCACCUUAUGUCAACAUGAUAACUGCUGUAUUGUGGAAAAUCAUAAUGUUCCCAACUACCUAUGUUUAAGCUAACAUGCAUUCAUUUGCAUAGCACUGAACAUGUAACUCAUUAUUCAUUUUUCAUUUGCUCUGUAUAUUUAUGAACUAGUUCCUUUAGAUUUGUAGAUAGUAUUUGAUUGUAUAUACAGCAUAUUCAAGUGAAUUCACUCUGGGUUUAAAUCUUGAGUACUUGAUGUGAUCAACGGACAAAUAUUUUUAUGUCAAUGUUCAUCGACCUGUAGUGCCAUUCUGUCAUUUCAGUGCCAAAAUCUAUCUGUGGCUUUAUGCUAUUUGUCAUCUGCACAAGUUAAAUUCACAGCUCAGGGUAGAUUUAAAAGAAAACAUUUGUUUUGUGAUAAUUAAUUUUGUUGAUCCACAGUAAGAAAUAGAUUUAUUAUGAUCAAUUAUACUACUUGUUUGCCUUGUAAAACAGUUCUCAAAGAUGCCAUAUUUAAGUGCUGUCCAUGUCUGCCUUGUGACUUUAAUUGCCUUAUCAGCUGAACUAAGCUAUGCCAACUUUAGCACAGAGAACCAGAAUAGUGAUAAAACACUCCACACAGUGAUAUGCUUGAUGCUUUGCACCUUCACAUUUUGAAACACUGGCAUUGCAAAGUACAUUUUAUUCUGACAUGAGACAUCUGCCAUCUAAAUAUAUACGUCUGUCUGUCCUUACACAGUGAUUGCUGGCAUGAGAGUAAAGCGCUGGUUAACUCAUCUAAAAGCCUUGCUUGAAAAUAAUUCUACUAUAUAAGAUAGAGUCAGCACUGUUUAUGAAAUGUUUAAGUUACUACAUAUAGAUAUUGUAUAGGAUUAGAGCAUAUUUUGAAUUAUUCUGAUGGUUUUUGUUUGUUGAAGAAUGAAAUGAUCUUGCUGUAAACUGUCAGUCUUGAUACUACCACCAGGAGGUGCAAAAGUUAGAAAUGAUGAAAUCUUACACAAGGUGUCUUUGAAUUAAACAGCAACAUUUCUGAAUAAACAAAUGCAUAGUUUGUUACUUGUAUUUAGACAUGAACAACUGUGAGAAAAUACCACAGUAUAUCCAUAAUUAUUAUGUUUUAUAAUUUGUACGUAGAUCUCAAAAUGCAAACUGUCAGUUUAAGUGAUUUUGUCAAAGCACUGAAUAAAUGAAUUGGCCAAUA